AUGCAGGGGGAGGGGGGUGCCGGAAGGGGGUGUGCGCUCGGCGUGAGUGUGUGUGUGGGGGGGGGAGUGCUCACGCCUUUCCCGCUUCCUUUCCUCCCCGCGUCGAGCCUCGCGAAGUUUGGGGGGGGCCCUCCCGGCCCUUUCUUGGUCCCUUUCUUGGUCCCUUUCUUGGCCCCAGGGUUAGAGAUCGAGCUGUCCGCCUGCCCAGCCCUUAAAGGCUCGGAACGUGCGGGGGGAGAGCGGCCGGGUGGAUCCGAGAAGCAUGCGAGUUGGAAGUGGGUGAAGAGGAAGGAGCGGGUUUAUGAAAACAAGUGUGGGGGUGAAUGCUUGAGGUCCCGAGCGUGUCCAGGAAAAGCUUCCGGCAGACAGGUGUAG